AUGGAUCGACAAAGAAAACGUCUAUCAGUAAGUGUUAGAUUUAUUGAGUAAUAUAAAAUCUUCAUGUUUUUAGAUCCUAAAACCGUCUGGGGACAGUCCUGAUGAGACAGCGAACUUAUUCGAUAAUAUUCCAGCAGCAAAACGACGUGUUUCUUUUAGUGCGACGAAGAUUGUUCAGUGGGUUUAUUUGUCUAGAGUUCAAUGUUCAAAUUUUAGACAAUUCCACAAAGAAGACCACCAGUUUGUUCACGAGCCUACAAACGAGAUACUCCAUCUCUCAACGUCUGCCGAGAUGUCAGAUGAGAAGUUCAAGUGAGGCAAUUCCUUCAAAAAAUAAAAUUUUUUAGGUCGUUUAAUAAAGAAAACGAGAGGAACUUUUCCGAUCUGGAGAUAAGUGCUUCACAAGGGUUGUCGUUACUGAAAGCAGCGAAUGAAUGCAACCUUUCGCGCUUGAAUGAUACCGCUGCUAUCUUCAACCAGAGCUCGGGUGGUAAGGUUUAGUUUUCUGGACGGUAUAAUUUUAUCCGUUUAGAUCGUCCAGCCGUUGGUGUUAGUAAUGUUACUGAUGUUGAGUCAAUGGAGAAUACAGAAUGUUUGUUUCCAAGUAUGGCGAAACAAAAGGAGUUUACAGUAAAUUCAAUACAAGAUACUAUGAUGUUGUUUACCAAGAAUAACAAAGUGGUACGACCGAGGGAAAUUGUGAUAGAACAAGAGGUAAGCAAAAUUUCUUUUUUUUUUGGAUCGUCAUUUCUCAAGGUUCUUUGUUGGAGGAAUGGUCGGUUGGUUUUUUCCUGUCGAAUUCUUAAAAUAUUUUUAUUGGAAUGUAAUAUAUUUAUUUUCAGUCGGACGAGAUAACUAAUACGAUGCAACUGUUUGAGAGAACCGACAGGGAACGUGUAAAGGUAUUAUUCUCCUUUAUUGUUUAUGUUUUUAGAGUGCUCCUCUUCCUGCUCAUAAUGCUCUUGCCACCUCCUUGAGCAGUGAAUAUGAACUAGAGGCUUCGAGAAGAACAGAAAGGACGUUGGAUAUUCUUCCCGGGUCUUCGAAAGCCAAUCUCUCCAAAGGAGAUGCCACUGAGACUAAUAUCCCUGCGAGCAUCGCUCAUUCUGGGAACUUUUCUUUUCAUCUGGACGAUCAUGGAUUGUCAGACCAGUCGGCUGUCAAUGAUCCGGUCAAGGAGAACACCGUAGGUGUCUUUAAAUCCUUCAACGACGGUGCUGGGCAACCAUCGUCAGUCAAUGCAAUGGUGAGCAUUUUAUAGUUUCUUUCCAUUUUUUGUUAGAAAGUGGCAUCCGGCGUCGUCGAGGUAGACGUGCCAUAGCAUCCCGACCCAUUUAUGAAAUCGGUCCUUUGUCGUAAUUUCCGCGCUUGGCCUUCGUCCUUUUAUGAUUUCUCAUUCCAAUUCCGUUCCAAAUCGACUCCGGCGGGGCCAAAUCUAUUGUUCUUUAGAUCAAAACAAGGGUUUUUGCUGCGUGUAAUCGUCGCCAAUUAAAAGGGCUUCCCAACUUUUUUACCCCUUGUGGAAUAAAAGUUUUUUUGCCCAGCUUUAUAUAUUCGGUACAUUGUAGGAUGCUAUUCAAGGAGUUCCCGAUGGUUCCUUCACAAUGGACCGAACUUAUGUGAAGGAAACAGCGGUCGAGGAAGCGGCUCAAUUCAUGGAUACCUCGGAGGAAACGAGUCAUAGGGCCUGUCACAAGCCUUGUCUUGAAUUUGUGGGAAGCGUCGAGAAAGAAAGGAUCCUUGACAGUCCGGCAGAAACAGCACAGGGAACUUCGGAAUCCAAGACUCGAGUAAUUCAUGGACGAGAUUCCCCCAGAAAUAUCCUUCCGGCGGUUAAUCUAGAUGUCACAACCAGCACUCAAAGAAGCCAGUCGUUCCAACCACUGCUGGAUAUUGAUGUAUCUACCAGAUUCGGGUUUGAAGAGAGCUUCAAAGAACCGUGUAGUGGGAUAAGGACAACAAUCACCAAAGAGAUAAGUAUUCAUGAAGAAAUUAAGGAGGAAAUGGAGGUCGAGGAAGAAAAGGAAGAACAGACGGCACCUCCAAAGACAGUGAAUUACAUGAGAAGACACACUGUGGGAAAUCCGAGGGCAGGCCUUAGCACAAUCAUGGAGACUCCGAGUAGACCGUCGUCGAAUUUGGUUGAGGAAACACCGAGGGUAAGGAAGUAAUCAACAUUUUUUUUUGGGAAACGGGUAACAAAUAUAUAUUUUUGGGUAAAAAAUCGUAUCCUAUAAAAAAAUCCUCGCAUAUGCCACUUUUGGUGCUAAAUUUAAUCCCAGUUUGCAAAAUACGGAUGAAAAACGGUUCAAGCGUUUCAUAAAAGAGAUUCUUGAUCUUGCGCAUUGUAAGUAGUUUCCACAGACAAGUCAAUGCAGCGCGAUCCUGGAGUGUUUUUACCGCAUUUGUGCAUGAAAAAAGUCAAAAUUAUUUUCUUUUUUAGAAUUAUUGGUUGAGAAUCUCCAUAUCUGGUUUUUUUUGAUAAAAAUAUCUGGAUAGUAUAAGUAUGAUUUCGUGCAUGAAAUGGCCAUACCUCUUCCAUUUAUUUUUGUUUCCCGUUUAUCGAAUCAUUGAAUUAAUCUCUACCUAAAAUCUGCAUCAAGUUUGACAUGAAGAUAACAUCCAAACGAGAAGGGGAAACUAUCCAAUUGCGUUUUUAUAGGCACUAGAAACCAAUAUUGCGUUAAGUAAUCUUAUCCAGCCCGAAAAUGGGCGAACUCUAAACCAAUAUCUUCAAAGGUGUCUAGUAUAAUAUACGAAAUGUCAUAAUCAAAAACGUACACCCAGAUUAACACCUACUAACCUUUAUUAUUCAUAUAGUACGUAUGUCGGAAAAUGGAACGGCGAAAAUUUAAAUCCACAUACAAAGUUUCUCGAAAUUGAUCGUUUAGACCUAAAAUCAUACUCCCUGGAGAAUUAUAAAAUUUGAGUACAAAUGGAAGCGUAAUUCUGUCAAAUUUGAUGUGUAAAAACAAAGCGUAGAUUUUGUUCUGUGACCAUUGGCUCGUUUUUUCUAUUUUUGCGAAGAAUUUUUAUUUCUUAUGCGAUUGACUGUGACCUUGAUUUCAGCCUGGGGCCGGUGUUAUUGCGGCCGGAUUCACCCGUCGUUCCAUCCAACACCCCAUGAUGACCCCUCAGUAUCAGCCUUUACCCACUCCAAGUUCCGUUAUGGCGACUCCCAGCAUUGCCACGUUCACAUUACCAAUGCUCAAACUCCCGGAAAUGAUCACAACCCAUCCUGGAUUCCCUCCCAUCGAUUUGAAUUCGUACGAUUGCCAAGAAACGGACCCUUUAUUCGAUGAAAAGAUCCUGGUCGAACCUUGUUCGUCUUUGGAAUUUGAAGCCCAACCGAUUGAAGGAGAAGAUCCGCAUAAAUUAGAAGCUCGUGGGUUCAAAACACCGGGAUUUAAUAUCUGGUUUAGGGACGAUUGCAGCGAGGAUUUUGACAUAUUAUAAUGGAGAUGAAAUGAAGGCGAGGAAUCAUCUGAAAAGAGAAUAUCAGAAGAAAUUGGACGCCAUGAAGCCAGAUGUAGAGAAAUUGGAAGUCCUGUCCAUGGAAUUGAACAACAAAAUGGAGAAGGAAAAACAUCUGAAGGAAGUGAAGGGAGUUUUAAUCAAGAAGAUCCUCAAAAGAGUUGACGAUAUUAGCAUUGAGAGGGAAGAAAUUCAACGGAAAAUUGAGGCAGCGAACAAAAAAAUCAAAGGAGUUUUGGCUCAGAUAUGA